AUGGACACCCAGACUGAAUCUCACCAAGAGCCUGAAACUGAAAAGCCUGUCUUAGUAUCAGCUAAUCAAGAAGCCACUUCAAUUAAUUCUGUUGAAUCACAGCAGCAACAGCAACAGCAGCAGCAACAACAACAACAACAACUACUACAACAACAACAACUACUACAACAACAACAACUACUACAACAACAACCAUCAGCGUACCAACUCAACACGGCACUAUUACGACCACAACUGGGCAAUAACGAUAUCGGUGACAGCAAAGAUGGAGCAUACACUCGGCGAUGGCUGAACCAGGAAGUCACACCAGCAUUACUAGAAGGCAUGCGAUACCUUGCACGUGAAAAACCACAGGAUCCUUUGCGUGCUCUCGGUCAGUAUUUACUGAACAAAGCUGACCAGAAAUACCAAUCUGCCAAUGGCACUAGUAACGGCAGCAGUAACGGUACUAUCACUCCCAGUACUACAGCUCCUACUACUAUUCCAACUACUACUACAACUACCAAGCUUAAUGACACUCCAAUAACCAAUACACCUGAAAUUGAACCCAUUCUUGACGAUUAG